AUGACUGUCAUCGAGUCGGUCAAGAGUGCCGUGGGCCUCUCGGACUCCUCCGCAACCCGCCAGGAAAUGUCCGAAGCCCGCCUUCCCAUGCAAUACAGAGACUCGUGUGCGCAUCUUUUGAUCCCUCUGAACCGGUGCCGGCAACAAGAGUACUACCUUCCAUGGAAGUGUGAGGACGAGAGACACUCCUACGAGAAGUGCCAGUACGAGGAGUUUAAGAAGCGCGUGGCCAAGAUGGAUGAGCUACGUGCCGCCAAGGACGGCGCCCGCAGCAAUUAA